AUGAUUUACCGAAGGUGUGUACCCCGUCCCCCAUUCGAGAUAUUGGCCUCAAAGACGCAGAUCUCAUUUGAACCAGAGCGUAUCGAUGACUUUGAAGGGAAAUUUCGAUUUUGGGCGGCCCUCCGGCCUUGGUUUCAACAGCAUGGCUAUUACCUCCAUUUGCAUAAGAAUAAAGAAGACGGCACCCGUAAAUAUUCCUAUCCUCAGACGGUGUUUAUGGGCGAAGACAAAUUUCCAUACGCACAUGUUGGAGUAGACGAACCCCAAGAAGAUGAGCCCUCAUUCGGAGAUGAUGAGCCCAGAGAUGAUAAGCCCGCAUUCACAUCGCAAGGGGAUGCUUCUGGACGCAUUCAUUUCGCUCAGGACUCUGAAGGCCGUCACGUUGCGAUCAAAUUGGUCAAAGGAGAUUCGGAUGAGUAUAGGAUUACUCGUUUCCUCAGUGAACGACCGUCUUUCGUCCCUGGGGUGGUUUCAAUUCUUGCCCUGUUGCCCUACGAUGGUCAUUGGUUUCUCGUUAUGCCACGGUCAGAUGCACUUGACAUUAGGGAACCCAACAUGCUCACUAAUCAUAUUCAUACUGAUCACUAUACUGUCGAGCGAAGUCUACAUCGAAGACAACUCCGAGCAGCGGGCCGUCUGACAUAUUGUCUAUUUGAUUUUGAUCUUGCCAUGAUGCUGCCUGCCGGAAUGCCACUCUCUGCAUACCGCCUGCCCAUAGACGAAUCAGUUCCUGGUGUCCCCUACAAGCCUUGGGGGGUAGACGAGGCUCAGCUGGACUUCGACCCCUUCGCCUUUGAUGUGGCAUGCCUAGGCAUUUCCUUUUGCCAAAACUUCCAGUUAUUGUGA